AUGUCAAUAAUCAUUCAUAAAACAGGCCUCAGUCCGCCGGCUCGGGCUGUUUUGAUCGUCGUGGAUAUACUUGGAUUGAAAGCUGAAACCCGCGAGGUAAACCUACCGAAACGAGACCAGUACAAGCCCGAUUAUUUAAAAAAGAAUCCUUUACAUACAGUGCCUUUGUUGGAAGACGGCGACCUUGUGUUAGCUGACAGUCACGCCAUAAAUGCCUAUUUGGUAUCAGCGUACGGGACUGGUGAGCAAUCGAAACUGUAUCCUACUGAUUUAGCUGCAAGGUCGAUAGUAGAUCAACGCUUGUAUUUCGAUGCUACCAUACUCUUUCAGCGCUUGAGAACUGUUGUGAAGAGCAGAACACGCCCUACCCAAGACCAAGAAAAUGACAUUUACGAAGCAUACAGUUUUACCGAGAAAUAUCUGGAAGAUACGCCUUAUAUGGCAGGGUGUUCCUGUCAGCGAAGAAUAAUACAUGGAAGAAUAAGUGAAACUGGAAAACGAUUCGUGGUGUACCUAUUGAAUUCGAAGUAUUCCGACGUCCAACCAGUUGGAUGGCUUUGCGGUGGUGCUUUGAUAUCCGAAUCAAAUAUAUUGACAUCUGCAGCAUGCCUUACCGAAGUCAAAUAUAUGUAUGCAAUAGCUGGAUAUAGAAGAUAUGUUAGCGGAACGGACAUAGACAAGGAUGAAUGCACGCGAGUAAAAAAGAAUAAGAUUGUCGAAACUAUUAUCCCAGCAGAGUUCAAAGGUAGUCAAAAUCCUGAAGAUUGGAUGAAAUACGAUGUUGGAAUAGCAGUAGUUGAGAAACCUUACAACUUUACAGAUUUAUCUUACUACGUACUUUGCUCUUACGCACCAGCAAAAACUUUUAUCAAUUAUGAUAAGCGUCUCGAAGUUCCAAGCACUGAAAGUUAUAUAUUUGGUUGGGGUGGAAAUAGAGGUCGAAAACCGAAUGCAAAGCAAGAUCUGAAUACUGAAUACAUGCAUGAAGCAAAAACAGUUCUAACCAACACAUCAUUUUGCGAACACUACGUUAGUGAGAAAAUGAAAGCAGUUGUGCAGAGUUCUUUGUUGUGUGCGUACGGCUCUGGGUACAUCGGUGGAAGUGGAAAGGAGGAUUUUGACCCAGACCCUUCACUCGACGACGACUGUCUUUGGCGACGGUUUAAUUUGAAUGCACCAAGUAAUGGAACGUGUGAAGAUGAGUUUCAUGAAGAUCAAAAAAACUUCAACGAUAAUCUAUCAGACGAAAUUCCUGAGAGGAGGAGUUUUGAUGGAUUUGCCGACAAUGGGGGAAUAUGUGAGAACGAUCACGGUGGUCCGUUGGUUACUUUUCUUGGAAGUACAGAAAUUAUUAUAGGAAUCUCAAUAACCAGUAUAUAUACGUCACGCUACGAGUGUGAAGGACCUUAUCUUUAUUAUGGAGUGGCAAAAAUGGGUCCUUUAAUACGUUGUUUAAUGGCAAAAUCCAGUGAAACACUUGCAUUAUGCAAACAGUUAUCAUACAAUGCCAAGAAAGUGAAAAUAGUUUGGCCAGCGGCUUCAAGAGAGCAAAUUAUAACAACGACUCCUAAACCGACACAUAAACCGAGCACUCGAACAACACGUCAGUGGUCACCAAAACGGACGACAAAACACAAUACCAAACUGGCAACGAAACAUACAACCAAACACAUAUUAAGAUUUACGCGAAAAGAGGUUCAUAUAAAGAUGAGAGUUACCGAAAACCAUAAAGUCUUAAAGCCCAAAGAUGUAAGUCUGCGACCGAUAAGGGACAUUAAACUGUAA